UUUGUGUUAACAAUUAUUUAUAGUCAACAAUCAAAAAUGAUUAAAAAGACUAAAAACUUAUCUAUGCAAAUAACAUAGCAAAACCCCCGAAAAUCCGUGUACUCGGUGGAUAUAGUAGAACAGCUGAAUCCCCUUUCGUUCUCUAAUUUUUUAAAUUAAUUAGUAAACAAUGUUAUUCGACAGGUGAUUAUUAAAGAUAACUCAUAAAGGUUGAAUUUUGAAUAAGUAUGUGUAUGUGACGAAACUAAAAAGUGAUAGAAAUUUCCACAAAACCCGAAAAUGCCGAUGUCUCCUCUUACAGAGCACAUACUUAUAGGUAGCAUACUCAUGACCUUUUUUAUUAUGUUUCAUUAUUCAUUGCAUCGUAUUGAAGAGGGUUAUGUUGGGGUCUACUUUAGAGGUGGAGCACUCUUACCAUUUACAAGUCAACCUGGAUACCACAUGAUGAUACCCCUACUGACUGUGUACCGACCAGUUCAAGUGACUUUGCAAACAGAUGAAGUAAAAAAUGUACCAUGUGGAACAAGUGGAGGUGUCAUGAUUUACUUUGAUCGUAUAGAAGUAGUGAAUAUUUUACAACCUGCAAGUGUUUUAGAUAUUGUGCGCAACUACACAGCAGAUUAUGAUAAGACAUUGAUAUUCAACAAAGUUCAUCAUGAAUUGAACCAGUUCUGCAGUAUUCACACAUUACAUGAAGUAUACAUUGAUUUGUUUGAUCAGAUUGAUGAAAAUCUUAAGAUAGCAUUGCAAAAAGAUCUUAAUGAAAUGGCUCAAGGCCUUAAAAUACAAGCAGUACGAGUCACUAAACCAAAAAUACCAGAAGUGAUUAGAAAAAAUUAUGAAUUGAUGGAAAGUGAAAAGACUAAACUUUUAAUAGCAGUUCAGCAUCAAAAGGUGGUAGAAAAAGAUGCUGAAACUGAACGAAAAAAGGCAAUUAUAGAAGCAGAAAAAAAAGCCCAAAUUGCAAAGAUCCAGGCUGAGCAGAAUAUAAUGGAAAAGGAAUCUUUAAAAAGAAUUGCACAAAUAGAAGAUGAAAUGCAUCUGGCACGACAAAAAAGCCAUACUGAUGCAGAAUCUUACCGUGUCCAACAACAAGCUGAAGCCAAUAGACUUCUCCAUACAAAAGAGUACAUUGAGCUCAAGAAAUUUGAAUCACUGUCUCAAAAUGAAAAGGUUUAUUUUGGACCUAACAUACCUCAAGUGUUUUUGAAUAGUCCAUGCCAUUCUGAUAAAAACAAAGAUUUAAACUGAAAUGCAUUUCAACUUGCAAACUUACAAAGUUUACAAAACCAAAAUAAUUUUUGCAAACAAGUGCCAUUAUGGUAAAAAUUUUUAAGUACCCCUUCUCAAUUUUAUGUUGCUAAUAUUUCAAUAGAGGGCUGGUAUUUAACCUAAAGAAGUGUUUCCUAUGCCAAGUGAACAUGGAACACCUUUUUACACUUCAUUCUUUUGAAGUCCCUUCUAUAUUUAUUUAUUUUUUUCAUUUUUAUUAGUGGUAUAUAGUUUUGGCAUCUAUUUUAUUUAUAUAGUUUGAUAAUUCUGUAAUUUUCAUUUAAGCAUUUCAACUUUAUGUUUAUAUUAGUACUGUCAGUCUGGCAUUUUUCUAAGCAUCUUAUCAUCUGUUGAUGAAACAGUAAUUGUACUUGUGAAAUGUUAGUUGUAUUGAAUGAACAUUUGUUGUUAAACAGAAGAUGUAAAUUUUAAUAAUUGUUAACAACUAUUUUAUACCAUCCCACACAAUAAACAAUUGAAACAUAA